CCUCAAGAAGAACACAGGGGUCAGAGUCAAUUUCGUAUCUCGCAGCUGUAAGCUCGUUCUGGUACUCGACGCGGCCUUACGUACGAAUAUGGAAUCGCGUCAAGUUGAUCACCUUGACAAAAGAACUUCAGGGACCACAAUGCUUACUUGAUCCCUAGUCUGGGAAGAAGACAAGAGAAAGACUUAUCUAUGGUCGGCCACCCGGCUAGUUGAACGCAGCUUUUCAAGCUCGAAGUGUUGCUCUUGUUGCACCUCCUCUACGCGCCACUCCUUUUUGCCUUCUUUAUCCCUCGCUGUCUCUCAUUUUGCCAAUCAUGCUUGUCAAAUCCACAUUCAUUCUCUCUCUCGCUUUCGCAGCGGACGCAUUCGCUGUCAGACGUGGGUCCAAUGAUUGGUUUGCGCCUACUCCCGCCGAUCGUCGUAGCCCUUGUCCAAUGGUGAACACUCUUGCCAACCACGGAUACCUCCCCCGUAGCGGCUUGAAUGUCUCUCUUGCAGACCUCAUUGCCGGCUUUACGGCAGCCGUUAAUCUGGAUCCUGCUGCUACCACUUUAGUGGGACAAAAGGCUCUCCUCACGUCCACGACUGGCAACAACGCGACAUUUAACCUGGACGAUCUCAACACCCAUGGCAUCAUCGAACACGACGGUAGUCUAAGUCGCAACGACAUUUACUUUGGCGACAACCACUCUUUCAAUAGAGAAAUUUGGGAAUCAGUAGCGGUCGCCUUUACAAACACUACUAUCAGCAUCCCAACAGCUGCUAAGGCGAGGGUCACGCGUCUGCAAGCCGCUGCUGCUGCUAACCCUGCCUUCAACCUAACGGCCGAUGGUACUCAAUUCAGCUUCAUUGAAACAGCUCUCUAUCUCUCUGUUUUUGGAAAUCUGGAGGAUGGAAACGCCAAUACCGAAUGGGUGAAGGUUUUGUUCACGCAAGAACGUCUGCCGUUUCGGGAGGGGUUCUCAAGGGCAAGCUCGCCAAUCACUGCAGCAGGAAUCCUGGGCUUAGUUGCUAAAGUGGCAGCUGCAAGUGUCUAG